AUGUGGAUUUUCGGAAGGAAAGGAGAAUCAGGAUUUUCCUCUUCUUCAACAGCAGAGGAAGUUACCCACGGAGUUGAUGGAUCUCGUCUCACCGCCAUUGUUACUGGAGCUACGAGUGGAAUUGGGGCUGAGACUGCACGUGUCCUUGCUUUGCGUGGUGUACAUGUAGUGAUGGCAGUGAGAAACAUAGAAUCCGGUAAACAAGUUAGAGAAACUAUACUUGAAGAAACACCUACUGCUAAAGUCGAUGUAACGGAGCUCGAUCUCAACUCUCAAGCAUCUGUAAGGGAUUUUGCAACCAGAUAUUGUUCUUCAGGCCUUCCACUACACAUUCUAAUCAACAAUGCAGGAGUUUUGGCCCCACACUUCACACUUUCUGAGGAGAAAAUCGAACUGCAUUUUGCAACAAAUCAUUUAGGUCAUUUUCUUUUGACGAACCUAUUGCUGGAGACGAUGAAGAUUACUUCGUUUGAACAGAAAGUUGAAGGAAGAAUCAUCAACGUAUCAUCCACUGGUCAUCGUUUUGUGAACAAAGGAACUUUCUCUGAUCAAAUUAACGAUGAAUCGAGUUAUAGCCAUAUACACGCCUAUGGACUAUCAAAGUUGGCUAAUAUACUUCAUGCAAACGAGUUAGCAAGGCUUUUGAAGGAGGAAGGGGUCAAUAUUACCGUGAAUUCAUUACAUCCCGGAUUCAUUGUCACCGAAAUUUUCCGUAAUUUUGGUAUUUUCAAGGUUAUAUGCAAUGCGAUUCUCAGACACUUAGUCAAGGAUGUUUCACAGGGAGCGGCAACCACGUGCUAUCUAGCGUUGAAUCCAAAGGUAAAAGGUGUCACUGGUGAGUACUUUUCUGACAGUAAUUUGGUGAAACCAUCAUCGAAAGCUAUGGAUCCAAUGUUAGGCAAGGAAUUGUGGGAGUUUAGUUUGAGCUUAACUACCACCAAGUGA